GUGAUAGCAUUAUUAGAUAGCAUCUGUAAGCGCCCCUUCUCGUCCCAAAAGCAACACCAAGCUUCCACAGUGGUGGGGUCUGAAGCUACUGUGGCAGGGGCCACUCCUACGCAUGACCUUCACAGCUUUCCUGCCCCAAUCUACAUAACUUUCUUCGCUUGUCAUACCUCAUAAAUCAGUACUGACCGCCCAUUUCGGAUUGUAGGAUUAUACCCUAUCUGUGCCGCAAGCCUCCAGAUAACGUGCUUUUCGGCCUCCCGCAACAGCUUCGAGCGUCCUCGGAACCACCUCUACACUACGUACAGCAACCGUCACAAUGGUUACAGGUGCAAGGAAGCCUCCUUCCCGAAAGGGGUCCAUGGCGGACAUGCCCCGGGAUCUCAAGGAGCAGAUCGAGAAGCUCGAGGAGAUCUUCGUUGUUCCUACUAAGAAGCUGAAGGAGAUCACGGAUCACUUCGUUAAGGAGCUUAAGAAGGGCCUGUCAGAAGAAGGAGGGACCAUUCCCAUGAACCCAACAUGGUGUAUGGCUUUCCCUGAUGGUGAGGAGACCGGCCGAUACCUGGCUCUCGACAUGGGGGGAACCAACCUGCGAGUUUGCGAGGUGACCCUGACCGAGGAGAAGGGCGAGUUCGAGAUUAUCCAGUCCAAGUACCGCAUGCCCGAGGAGCUGAAGACCGGUACUGCGGACGAGCUCUGGGGCUACGUUGCCGACUGUCUCCAGCAAUUCGUCGAAUACCACCACGAGGACGAGGAGCUUGAGGACUUGCCUCUUGGUUUCACCUUCUCCUACCCCGCGACGCAAGAGUACAUCGAUCACGGUGUUCUCCAGAGGUGGACAAAGGGCUUCGAUAUUGACGGUGUUGAAGGUAAAGAUGUUGUCCCACCCUUCAACAAGGCUCUGGCCGAGCGUGGAGUCCCCAUCAAGCUGGCAGCUUUGGUUAACGAUACAACUGGUACCAUGAUCGCCUCCGCAUACACCGAUACCGAGAUCAAGAUUGGGUGCAUCUUCGGAACGGGCUGCAACGCUGCGUACAUGGAGGAGUGUGGUGCCAUCCCCAAGAUUGCGCACCUCAACCUCGAUCCUAAGCUGCCCAUGGCUAUCAACUGCGAAUGGGGUGCAUUCGACAACGAGCACCAGGUACUCCCCCGCACACAAUACGAUGUUAUCAUCGACAAGGAUUCACCUCGUCCUGGUCAGCAGACAUUCGAGAAGAUGGUUGCUGGCUUGUACUUGGGCGAGAUCUUCCGCCUGGUCCUUCUGGACCUGCACAAGGGCCACGAGUGCACCAUCUUCGAAGGUCAGGAUGUCAGCAAGCUGGAGAAGCCAUACUCUCUGGACGCAGGAUUCCUUUCCGCCAUCGAGGAGGAUCCCUUCGAGAACUUGCUCGAGACUGGCGACCUCUUCCAGAACAAGCUCAGCAUCACAUGCACAAAGCCUGAACUCGAGCUCAUCCGCCGUCUCGCUGAGCUCAUUGGCACCCGUGCUGCUCGUUUGACCGCCUGCGGUGUUGCAGCCAUCUGCAAGCACAAGAAUUGGGACCAGACCCACGUCAGUGCUGACGGAUCCGUCUUCACCAAGUACCCCCACUUCAAGAUCCGCAACGCACAAGCACUCAAGGAGAUCAUGGACUGGCCAGCUAAGUACGGCAAGGGGAAGAACGACCCUAUCGAGAUCCUCCCUGCCGAAGACGGUUCUGGUGUUGGUGCUGCCUUGAUCGCUGCGCUCACCAUUAAACGUGUGAAGGAAGGCCAGCUUGCGGGUAUCCAGGACUGCGAGGCUAUGUUGAAGAUGGCCGGAAAGAAGCCACGAGGCGCAUAAACCACACAGCAUCUGAGUUGUCCCAUAUCGAGAAUUUAGAAGCGAAUCUAAGAACUUUGACGAACAACUUGCGAUGCGGUGAGGAGAAGAGGAG